GAAGAUUCUAUACUAUAUACGCUAUCUUUUCCUAUGGUAGAAAUUCAUGUCGGAAAUUAACCGCACCCAUACUGUGUUUAUUAAUUUUGUCUAAGUUUAGAACUGAUGACUUGUUUAGUAAUGGUUUGUUAGAUUUUUCUGUUAUUUUCUUUCAAAUCGUGUGUACAAAAAUUUGGAUUUGAAUAUGUUUUCAAGUGGACCAAGUUAUCCUAAAUUAAAAACAAACCUUCGAUUAGCAAUAAAUAGACUGAAAUUAUUAGAGAAAAAGAAAACUGAGCUAGCCCAGAAAGCACGUAAGGAAAUCGCUGAUUAUAUAUCUGGUGGAAAAGUGGAACGGGCAAGAAUAAGAGUCGAGCAUAUUAUCCGAGAAGAUUAUAUGGUUGAAGCGAUGGAAAUCAUAGAGAUGUAUUGUGAUUUACUACUAGCAAGAUUUGGAUUAAUACAGCAAAUGAAGACUCUAGAUGAUGGCCUCUCUGAAGCUAUAUCCAGUCUUCUUUGGGUUUCACCAAGGCUGCAGGCAGAUAUUCCAGAAAUGAGAGUUAUAUCAGACAUGUUGACUGCAAAAUAUGGAAAACAGUACAUGGAGGCUUGCAGGGAAGAUGCAGUUAGUACAAUUUCUGAAAAAUUGAAACACAAAAUGAGUGUGCAAAGCCCUCCAAAGAUAUUGGUUGAGAAGUACAUGGUUGAGAUUGCAAAGAACUACAACAUUGAAUAUGAUCCAGAUCCACAGGUUAUGAAGGACGAUCAUGGCCUAGGAGUGGAUGCCUUAUUGGUGGACAUUAACGGCCCAGAUUCAAACAAUUUGGGAGGUCAAGGACUGGCUCCUCAGCCAGCUGGCUUUAAGGGUUUUCCGCAUCCACCAAUGUUGCCGCUACAGCCACCAUCUGGUUUUCCACCAUUUGAGGUUCCAUAUAAUCCAUCUGGAGGCUCAGCAGGUGGCUUUAUAGCACCUCAGACAUUCAACCAGAACCGGAGUGCUCCAUUUUUAAGCGAAAAAUCUUUGCCAUUCAACAUACCACCUGGAGCAGAUGAUCUCACCUCACCAGGAUUUGAUGCUGCAUCCAAGCCACUUAAUAUAAACAACUUUCAGGAUGUCUCUCCACCCCCUUAUAGCAAUUUUGCACCUGAAGGGCAUCUAAAAAACAAACAGAGUGAUGACCUACCUAAACCAGCACCUCGUUCCAAGUUGAAUCCUGGGGAAUGGGGAAACCCUCAGUUUCCUGGUCUGGAUGGAUUGCCACCUGUCCCCAGUGACAGCCUGUCAGCAUCAGAACCAUCAGCCAGAAAUGAAGAUGCACCAGAUGAGAUUGAUUUUGAUGAUUUAACACGCCGCUUUGAAGAUCUGAAAAAGAAAAAAUAACAGCAUAGACGUAAAUCACAUAUUUACAUAUGCUUUAGCAUGCAGCAAGCAAAAAAAAACUGUACAGCAGACAGAUUUAAUAUAUUUUUGCAAAUGUUAAGUUUUACAAGUGGAUUUUAUCAAUAUGAUAAUUUUCUUCAUGUAUGGAAUAUGAAAAACAUUGAUGAUAUAUUAUGCACUAAAAAUAAGGCCUCUGGCUUCAAAUAAUAGAUUUUUGUAUUAAUAAAUUAAAAUAUAAAAAGAUUUAUUCUGUGCUUUCAUCAUUGUACUUUUCAGGUAUGUAUAGUAAAAGGCUAAGAUUUAAAAUAUUUUCUUAAGCUUUUUAUGUGGCAGUCAUGUUUAAAUGUUUUUUUUUCCCCAUCAUAAUGAGGUGAAAAUGUGUCUUAUGGUAGUUCUAGCCUAAGUUAAGCCUUUCAGUGUUCAUCAUCAAGAACAUAUUAUUUGGUAAAAAAGAUUGAAAAAAUUAUAGAGUAAAAUAUAAAUUCAUUAUAACAUUAUACCAAUAUACUGAAUUCAUGAGAGUACUGUUUCUGAAAUAACCAUGUAAAAUAUCUCAAUGUGGUUGGUGCUCAUGCAGCUACAUAUAUUGCAGCUAGUUUGUUAGGCUAGAAGCAGGUUGCCAUUCUGUAAAUAAACAGCAAUAAGUAAAAUUUUUUAAGCAUGUGAGAACUUAGGUUUUGCUAACAGUACUGUUAUACAUCGUUCAGUAAGCUUCAGCAGCAAUGCCAAUUUUUAUGGUAAGAGGUAAGCUGAUGAUUAGUUUAUUUUAGAAUUCCAGUUCAGUUAAAUUCAAUAAUUAAAACACUACAUAAUGGUUUUAUAACUAUCAGUACCCUAUUUAAUAUAUAUUUUUUUUGUUAUUUAAUGUAUAGAAGCAUGUAAUAGAAAAUGCUUUCAAUCCAGAAAAUGAACCUAACAUUUACGUAAUUCCCAAGCUGCAAGUUUUUAUGCAAUGCAUUGACAACUUUCUCUUCUGUAAGUAAGCUGUGGGUGAAUACUUUUUGUAUUUUGCUGGUUAAUCUUUAUAUAGUAUAACUAUGUGAAGUUUUAAAAGUGAGUUUUGAAGCUAAGAAUUAUUAUAACCAUUGUCCAGAAUAUUGACAGUUGUAAAAAAGUUUAUUGAUUUAAAAGUGUCUAGGAAUAAUCCAUUUUUAAAAGUAGAAAAAUGUGACAUGCUGGAAAAUAUGAUUGCUGCACCAUGCUAGAAAGAAACAUAAGUUACCAGAGAUAAUUAUUUAAAAAGAAUCUGCUAUGUUUUUUAAAAGUAAAUUGUAAGUCUGUCUACAAAUUCCAUACUGAAUUUUGUUUUGCAUAUUUUUAAUAGAUUAUAACGUAUGACUAGACAUGCAUAUCUAUUGAUUGUGAUAAAACAUGAUUUUAGAGCUCUCACAAAUUUAAUAAUUUAAGAUAAGUGAAUACUUAACCAUUUUAACAUAAUAAACAACAAAAUUUGGCUGCCACGCACCAUCAUAGGUUUUGCAUUUGAAUGUCAAUCCCAAGUACUGCAUUUUAACAUGUCUCCGCGAAUAUUAUUCAUAGUGUUACAAAUAGAAAACUUAGGAAACAGCGAUGUAGCUAAUUUCUAUUAGAUUUCCUACGUUCAACAUAUUGAAAUGUUUAAAAUAUAUUUGUUUUAAGUGCAGAAAGUGUGCAACUUUCCAAGACUGGUAAUAUCUAUGAUGUUCACUUGGUGUAUGGAUUAUGUGGGAAAUGAAUGAUUGUUGGAAUUGUGACUAUUGCUUUUUGGAAGAACUUGUGUCAGAAACACACAGAAAGUGAAAAAUACAUUAAAAAAAAUGCUUAUUUUCAACUCAAAGAAGUUUCAAAUGUCAGUCAUCAAUAUCUAUAGAAUUUCAAUUAGUAUGACAAAAACAGACGAAACAUUAAAAUUUAUGAAGGACAUAAAACAUUUAUGAAGACAUAUUCACCUGUGGAACUAGAAAACUGAAAAAAAAAAAAAAAAAAAAAAAAAAGGCUUAAUUUACAUGACAGGUAAAUGAGAUAUUUUUGAACUAUAUUUCAACAGGUUUAAAACAUGAUUAUAUUUACCUUGCUCUUGAUUAUUUUCUUUCAUAAUUUUUUAAUACGUUACUCAAAGAUUUGUGUCAUCCCGUAUCUUCCAGGCUUCAAGUGUACGUAUAUGGUUUCUUGAUCGCUACACUUCAGGGUUGCCACAUUAGAGCUGAAAAUAUUGCCUCCUUUCCAUUGUGAGUUGGAAAUGGUUUGUGGCCAUGGUAUACUUCAGAAGAGUAUGUUACAUCUACAAUUCUUAAUGGCAUUAUGCAGUGUGUGUGUGUGUUCUAUUUUGUGAGUUAAUAUGCCUAUCGCUACUUUGCGACAGGAAGUGCGGCAAGUUGCUUGUUGGGUUGUCACACACUGUAGCGACAUCGUAGAACAUGUCAGCAUCAUCAUGUUACACAUGUUGAAGGCUUGCUCCACAGUGGUCACCCUUGAUCAACACUACCAAAUGAUGACCGCUAUGUAAGAAUUUCGGCUCGCAGGAACUGAGAGGAGAAUGCCAUGGAACUUGUUUGGGGUCGUUUUGGUAGGAGUAAAUAUGCAGAGAACAGAAAGUUACAGAGAUGUUUGAUAAACAAACUAUAAUUUAUUUAUGAACAGAGGAUUUUGAGUACUGCUAAUGUAGAAAUUUUUGAAACUAUUUUUUUUAUUGCAAAGUGGUUUUGGAUUAAAAAUAAAUUUUCAAUUAUUUAAGUUUCUAUCAACCUUUUAAAACACUGGACUUAGCCUACAUUUUUUUGGUGCUAAAGUUUUAGUUUGCAUCCUUUUUUUUUGCACUAAAGUUUGUUUCGGUGCAUUUUGCCAAGACGUGUUUAGGAAAAGACAUUAACCCUUAAUAGGUCGCGCUAUAUUUUGUUUCAUCAACGGUCCGCACGUCAUUUAGACCAGGUAUUUAAAAUUUUGGGGGAAAAAUUUAUAAUUUCAAUAUUGAACACUUUCUAACACAUUAAUUUGGUUAGAUAGUAUUUUUUAUUGUAUAUGAAUAAUAUAAAACUUUAUUAGCCUAGUUAAUCAAAUAUAAAAUACAUUUAAAGUGGAUACUGGUUACGAUAUUGGCACCAGUAAUUGUUAAGAUUACCAUAGAGGUAGAAAAAUGUCCAGAUAUUGUGAAAUUUGUAUACAUAUAAAAAACACUAUUUAGUUAAAAGAUUGAAUUGAGUUACAACAUUGUUUGAAAUGAAUUGAAAUACAAUACAUUUUAUUAAAAUUAUUAUUGUGUGUAAAUGCUUUUAAAAUUAUCAUUAUUUGUUUUCUCUUUCAAUAGUUAUAAUAAAGGGAUAGUAAAAUAAGUGCUUAGAAAAAUUUUACCUUUCUUCGCAGAUUUUUUUUUACACUUCGCUGCCUACACGUUCUCGUCCCCAUCUUCGUCACUUUGAACACUCAUUGUGGAGCAGCUGACACAUGGUGUAACAGUGUGUUCUCUGCAGAUAUAGCUGGUGCACUGUGAACUGUUUAUCCCGUUUUUCUUCCAAGAACAGAAAGCAUUUUUCUCGACCGUCUUAUUUGGUUCAGAGAUUCGUGCCAGGCGCCUUACCUUUUCUUGUAGGUGUCUAGGUGUAGUAUGUUCUUUCAAGUGGUUGACACACAGUUUUUUCAUAAAUUCUCGGUGGUUCAUGCUGGUUUGCGUUGUGGCUUGGAAAAUGAUGAAACUGUUGAUACCAGCAAUGUUCAAUGAAUUGAAAAAAAUAUUAGUGGCCAUCAGCAACUUUUCUGUGCAACAGAAUAGGUAGCCUUUAGUUCGUUAACAGUGUCCAUGUCUCCUUUUGUAGCUUUAUAAUAUGUGAGAAUUUAAGUUUUGCAUGAAUCACCAGUUUCCAUGUCACUUGAGUUGGAAUGGUGCAUUGUAGAUUAGAGCAGUACGGCUUUGUUUUUCUUCGGUACACAAGAUACUAAAGUACAGUCCUUCCCAAAACCAAACAUGCUGGGGCUCAGGCAUAGUUUAGCUUGUAAAAACAGGGGUGGUAUUUCCCUUUAAUUUUUACAAAUGGUGCCAACAAUAGACAACCCAUGUUUGUUUUUGAGCUAAUGAGCCAGUGGGAUGGAAGUGUUUGUAGUAAUAUUCCGUCCAGUUCCAGAAAUUGGAGUAAUCAUCCUUUUAACAACUUUGUAUGCAUGGUUUUCUAGCAUGAAGGGGCCAUCAGGCUUGAGUCCCUGCAUAUAUUUCCAUGUUGAGGGUAUAGUGCACUUUAGCAUCAGUAAGAGCAAAAAUUUUUAAUCUAUAUUUUGCAGGCUUGUUUUUUAUGUAUUACCGCUAGCUACACCAGCCGCGAAAUGAUUCCAAUAUUUCAUCCACUGUCACAUACUCGCUGAUGGAGUAGUGCUUGGCACAAUGCGCUACAAAUUUGUAGGAUAACUUUCUAACAGGGGUUAAUUUAUCCUGUGUUUAUCGUUAUGCUCUGUCAAUUAGAUCAUCAAACCGCAGAGCACACAGUAAAAAAUACACUCUGUACAUAGAUAAUGUUACACCAAGUUUUUCUAGUCCUGUGUCAUCUAUAGCCCAAAGAUCAGACAAAUUCAGGUGAGCUGCUCAAAGUACCCCUGCCAAAUAAAGCAACCUGAAAAGUGCUCUUAGUUCAUCUUUGUUUCUAAGGCAUCUAUUUUACGUUCAUAAUUUUGACGAAACCUUUCAGUACAAAUGUUGGUACAGGGCACUAUUUCAUCAAUAACGGAAUCUGGAAUAAACAAACUCCAGCAGUAAAGAGGAGUUUUUGCAUUACUUGCUGGACCUUUUACACCUGGUAAAUGUGCUGUUAUAUUUUGUUUUCUCACACAAUAAUAAGGCUGAAUACCCUGUUGGAUUAUUUGUUCAUAAUCACUUUCAACACUAGAUUCUACUGUGUCAGUUUUGUGGUCACUUUCUUCUAAAUCAUCUUCACAUUUAGAAAAAUUUCCACAUCUUCUUCGUCACUUUCAUCAAAUACACAUUAAAAGUUUUCUAAUCCUUUCUUGCUUUUUAGCAGUUACAGUAUCGUCACUCCAAUUACUACACAUUCUCUAAUGUUCACUAGAAAUGUUAAUAAACAAAAACUUUGGUAGCAUUUUAGGUUAUACUUUACAUUGAGUAAGGUUACUUUAUAGGUUGCGCACUGACUUAUUUUCCGGGAGAUGCAAAAAAAAAAUACUGUCACUUUAAUGGUUGCGCACUGUCAAAAUGAUCAGCUGAUUUGUAAACACGUCCACCCUACAAGAAAGAUAGAAUAGAACUGAUCAACAAUGCCAGUCUUGUAUUCCUGGAACACAAAAACUCUGGAACUAGGAAGGGUGGGGCAGGGGGAAUGAAUGUACAGUUCAAUAGCAACAAAAGUGUACUAUACCAGAUCAUCUUGACGCAGUCCAUCACUUGCCAAAGAGUCACUCACCCUCUUUACUUCACUGAAACUCGAGGUCUGCCCUUUUUUUAAACCCGCUUAAGACUCGCCCUGGAAAAGUAUGUAACCCUCCGCAAGUGUCGCUUCAUCAAAGUCCCCCAACUUAACACUAAAGCUGCUAGAACAAUGGCGUCCUAGUUACGACAUUUCAUGCGACUGGACUCGGAGAACCUGUCGAAUCCUCCAGAGAGACAGCAAGGCGCCUGGACUCCAUGGAAGGGGGAGGGGGUUGGUGUAAGAAAGAGGCUGCUAAUUGUAAGUGGAGGGGGAGGGGAAGGUAUGAGUGCUUCCUUGGUCAUGUCCCUCAAUGGUCAGGGUACUCCCUAGGAAUCCCUCAGGCUGACGCACCAGAUAGCUGGCCUUGCCUCUAGCAGCUUCGUUAAACAACAUGAAUGCAUAACAAAAGCGAUAAUUAGGAACAUAAAUUGUAGCACAAAAAUACCUUUAAAAAUAAAAUAAAACAAAAACUCUACUAAUGUAAUUACCUACUUCGAUGAGCACAUAUAUAUAUAUAUAUAUAUAUAUAUAUAUAUAUAUAUAUAUAUAUAUAUAUAUAUAUAUAUAUAAGGCUACCAUCUUCAAUCAAUUAUUACAGUUUUCAUAUAAUAUUAUUACUUUUUAAUAUAUAUGUUUUUGUUUUUAGUAAAUGAGAAAAGUAGAUUUUUCUCUGAGCUUCCAUAUCAAAUGCCAUUUCAGGCAAUAGUCAAUAGUCAUCAGUGGUUGAGGUAUGAAGGAUGGUAAUUAUAAUGAACUUUCCAUAUUUAUAUAUUGAGCAGCAGUGAAUUUAUCUUACAUUAUGUAUGGUUAUCAAUGCAUUAUACUGUAUUAUAGUUGUUGAUGCAAAGGUUAUCUUAUAAAUUUUUAUAAAUAUAUAUUAUUUUUGUGCCUGUAGGUUUUUUAAGCUUUAGAACCAUUUUGAAUUACAAGACUUAUUUUUAUUGUGAACAGCUAGUGUUGCAUUAAAUUUUAAACUCUACACUGAUAAAAUUAAUAAUCUUGAUAACAUAUCUCGCAAUGCAAGUACAUAUAGUGCAUUUCCUUCUUUGCUAAGCUUUGUUCGUAAUAAUAACAUGGUGGUGUUUUGGGAAACAAAAUAUAAUUGUGCUGUUUGUUAAAGUAUAUAUUUUUUGUAAGUAUAAUAAGUUUUAUUUUCAUAUCUAGAUAUAAUCGUAAGCAACAUGUUACAAGUUUUUUUUAAUAAUUUGAUUUUUUUGUUAGUAAAAAUCACAAAUAUAUUUAAUUUUUGUUUAAAACUUUUUAUUUUAUUUUUACAAAUCAAAAGAUACGUUAACGUAGUGUACUGGUUGCUUAUUUUUAACUUGUGUUGGACCAUGUACUAAUCACAAAAAAAAAAAAAUAUUUUUUUUUUUUUUUGCCUAGGUUCUUAUGUAAUUUUCUUUUAUUUAAAUUGAUGAAGUUUAUGUGUGCAAUUGUGAUAAUCCUUUAUCAGGUAGCCUUAUUAAUCUCAUGUAUUCUUGUUCAGUGUUUGAUAGCAAGUUUUGGAUAUAUUCUGUUCAUUUUUCUAAUUAACUCCUUUUUUAAAUAAGAUAUUCUUAAUAUAUCUGGAUAGUACCAAAAAUUAAAAACCAAUUUUAUAGAAUUGGAACUGAAGAAAAUUUGGGAACCAUCUCAUCCCUACCCAUGUGUAAUGUAUUUUUACUAUGAAUUUUAAGUUACUUGAUAUAUGGCCUAUAGUAACAUUUAAAAAAUAUAUUUUGUACAUUUUUCUUAGUUUGUUUAUUGUUUAUUUAAAAUAUAACUUUAUUUUCAAUCAGAUUUUAGUUUCAUCUUCUACCUGAUCUUAUUACCACCAUAUUUUGCUUAUGUUGACAUUCGGGUUAUAUUUCAAUGGACUGAGAAAAUAUUAACAGAAAGAUUUUGCAUAGUGUGUGUUAAGUUGUUUUUGAAUUUGAAGUUGUGAUAUUUUGUUUAUUUAUUAAUUAAGUAAUUGUGAAGUACUGACACAUUACCACCAGUGGUUUGAAUAGAUAAAGUUGAUUGUGAUAACUGUAAGUGUGUAGUGUGCAAUUAUAUGUUGUUUCAUGUUGUAUCAAAAAGUUUUGUUUAGUAUAUUACAUUAUUCCAAACUAAGACUUCUUAUAUUAAAAAGAUAGAGCCUGAAUACAAAGUUUUGUGCUGUAGAUAAAAUGUUUGUUUGAAAGUGUUUGUUAUAUAUUUUUAUUUUUAUGCAUAUUUGCUUUAAUAAAAUAAAAAUCAUAUUUAAAAAGAGAAUAACAUUCAUUAAUUCACAAAAUGGUUUUCAAUUCCAUUAAAGCACAAAAAUGUGUUAAAAACCCUACGUGAUUUACUGUGGAAGUGUGUUCUCGCACAUUCAUAAUUAUUUCCACAAAUUUUUUUGUGCCCUCUUUUAUUAAAUUGAUAAAAUUAUAAUUUUAAGUUAAUGAUCAACAAAAGAUUCAUUUUGGUACAAAUAGUAAAAACUCGGGGAGAUGAAACGAGAUUGAGAGUAGUUUGAGGUUAAAAAUUUCCAAAUUUACUCUAACUUUUCAUUGGAAAACAAAUGUAAAUUUUUAUGAUGUAGGCCCUGAUUAAUACCAUAUCGAUAGGGAUAAGAUUAUUAUACGAACUACGAAAUAAUUAAAAAGCUAUUAAAUUUUACUAUAGCCGCAAAAUGUUUUGAAGACAAUUUUAUUUGCCAAAUAGUGAUAAAAUUAGCUUAUAUUAACAUUUUACACCCUAGUUGGUCACAAAGUUUGGUUAUUUAUGGUAAUCGCAUAAACAGCAUUUUAAGGCGGGAUAUUAAUGACCUAUCAUAAAAAAACCAAUAGAAAUUUAUUUGAAAGAAAAUGGAACUAUAAAGAAAUAUACCUAUUAUGGAAAUAAGUAACAAAUACUAAUAUGUAACAAUUACAUCUCUUUCACCACAAGUAUAUUACAAGCAGGAAUCUCUUUUCCUAAAAUUUAAUGAAUUACAAGGAACUACACAUCAAGUAAUCUUUACUGGUAACAUAAAUUGUAAUUCAUUACAAACCAUCACUUUCGAUUUUAUAUUAAUGCCGGUCUGUGGCUUACAUUCAUUUUGCUUAUACCAGAAAACAAAACUAUUGUCAUUUACCAAGCUAUUGGUGUUUUAAUUACCGUUGCAUGCUUACUUAUGGCUGUUUUAACCUUUUCGCUUUAAGAUUUUUUAACUGUUAUGAUGCCAUUAAAUUGAAUGUUAAAAUUGGUGGUACUCUUUUUGGUCACUGUAUUUUUUUUAUGAUUCUAAAGGGUUUGUUUGUCUACAUACCUGUCAACACAAACCCCAACAGAGCUCAAAAGAAAUUGCUCUUCCUCCAGGCUCCAUAACAGGGGCCCUAUUCUUGAUGCUGUCUGAAUAAUUCCACUAGAGGAAUGAUCUAAUAGUUUCAUUCCGGUAGAGAGCUAAAAGACUAUUUUUUAAACUGCUGUAUCGAGUAUUGAAAUCUACAUUGUUAGGUUAAUGAAAAAUCUCUAUGCAAGUGUGGCAACGUUGCUUUUAGUAUUGUCAUCAUUGGUAGAAGUUCAUUCACAAUGAGGAAAGGAGCAUUUGUCAUAAAAGUAUGUUAAUUUUUUCAUUAUGUUCAUGGUUCAUCUCUGUUCUUUAGAUGAUGGACGUGGAAGGUAUGUGUAUAAAUACGUACAUAAGUAAUAAUUAAAAAUGAGUUGUAUAGUUACAUGGAAAAUCCUAUGAAUUAUAUAAAAAAAAGACGUUUUAAGCAGGGAAAAAUAUUAUUGUGUAAUGGAAAUGUCAACUUUAUUUCUUGUGGAAAUUAUACUAAAAACACAAAUGUUUAUGAGAACGUUAACAGAUUCAUGUGGUUUUUUUAGUAUUAAAAAUUUCUUAUCACUUCAAAAAUACACAUUUUUUAGUCUAUAUUUUCUGCUUAGUUGUUUCCAACUUGUAUCAUAUUUUUGAGUAUACUUUGAGGUGAAAAUAAAUCUUAUGCAGUGUUUGUUGGUUCAGCAAGUUAUUUAUGAAUGUGUGACAUUAAGAUUUAUAUAAUCUCUAUAAGUCAUUGCAAAAUUAUGAUUUUUGUGGACACUUCCGUGACACUUAUUUUGGGGUGAAUUUUUGAAAUUGUUCGGAGUGGGGUAUUUCUGGAAAUAGUCUCUGUAAUUAUCAGAAAAACUUUCAGCAACUAUAUUUUCUGUCAUUAUUUAUUUAAUAAUACUUGUGUGCGUUUGCAUUGGUGCAUGUUUUCAAUGAUAUCUUCUACAUGUGUGUACCUGCAUGGUAGGAAUGGUGGCUAGGUUUGCAAGAUAGGGAGUGGUAGAAGGAUAACCUUUAUUUUCACAAUCAAUUGUAAAUGAGUGAAAUUCAUGUACAAAUGGACUCACUGCGAGUGCAUUUCAAUUCCGGCAUAGAUGUACUUUUUUACGAAUAAAAUGAGCAUAGCCUAUAUAAGGCUACCACACUUGUUCUGAUCCAAUCAAAACAUGACACAUUUUUUCCAACAUUUGGUGUGAAAACAAAUUGUUGUUUGGAAACUAUGUAUAGUACUUAUCACAAAACACAACAAAUACGUAUAUUCUUCACAGUGAAAAUUUCCAUAUUUUUCAUGUGUUGUAGGUAAAAUGUUAAGUAACGAAAAAUUGUAAAUAUAGCUUUCGUUAAUAUUUAAGAAACUGUUUAACAUUGCCAAUCACAGAAGACUUUAAAUUAUAGUGCAAUUAAAAGCUAUUUCUCAUAAACUAACGAAUUUUAAAGGUUGAAAUGGCACUCGUGUUGCAAAUUUUUAAAUGCAGUUAAUUGGACAAAUUCUUAAACCCAUUGCAUAUGAGUUUAUAUAAAUAAUGUUUUUUUUUCCUUUAGGAUUAAAUCAAAAUUUCAAUAAAAUAAUCUAUGACUCUGUGAUAGGCCUACCUACAGUAUCACGUUGCAUAUUUUUAUCUUAACAUGCAUCACAUAAUACAACAAGCUGAAUAAGUUAUUGUUGGUUUUAAGUGUAGCUAAUGUAAUAUAACUAUGCCAUUUGCAAUAUUUUACAAACUUUAAAUGUAGCUAACCUAACUUAACCAACCAUUCACACAAUUUGAAGUACCUAUUUCGGAACCGUAACAGAGCCUCCAUUUUUUACAAAUCAAUGUUCUGAAGAACCACAAACUCCCAAAUCUCUAGCGGAAUUGUGUUUCCGCCAGCAAAGGAGGUGGCAUAAUAAUUCUGACAGUUUGUGACUUCAACCUGAUGCAUAAUUCUGCUAGCAAGUGUUCAAGAAUAGGGUUUCGCAAAUUUCUAUUGAAUUUCAGUCGUUCUUCUAGCAGAAUUAUUCUAAUAGUGUCAAGAAUAGGGCUCCAGGUUUGAAUAACAUUCCUGCCCUGAUCUCCAGGUCUAUUUACAACCAUUGUGGAAUGGGGUGACUCAGUGGCCAUGAUCUUCCUUGCCAUUAAUCCAAGAGUCCACUCCUACAAACAUUCUAUAUUCCAUUGAAAAACAUAAUGAGUAAUAAAUUAGCAUACUGUCACUUCUUGGAAAAUUCUCAAUCAAGGCACUGCACUUUCUGGUGUAUAUAACUACAUGCUAUUAUAUAGCAGUUUAGAAGCAAAAUAUGUUCCUAAAUAUUUUUUAUUUUUAUUUUGAAUAAUAUCUUGAAUGUUUGACAAAAUAUAUUUUUUCCUCUGUACAUUUUGUCUAAAGUUAGGUAGUCACAGAGAAAGUUAUAAAACAACACAAUCAAAGAUGAUUGUGGAAUAAUUCGACUAUGACCAACAAAAUGAUUUAGCAGUUGCUUAAAGUGACUUAGAAAUCAUCCUUCAAAAUUCAUUACUGAAGUCAUCCCCCUAAAUACAGUUGAUGUGAUUUAAUUUUUCUGCACCUCUUCUUUUAAAUUAGUUAAAAUCUUCCCAGAUAAAUGAAACUAUGUAUGAGUGAGGUUGUGCGAUGGUAAAAUGUGAUUGUAUUCUGGAGCACCUAGUUUUCAAUGCCAGUCCAGCCAUCCUGAUAUUGGUUGUCUAUUGUUCCCUAAAAUUUCAGGCAAUGUGGAUGAUUCCUUUUCAAAUUUCCUGGUAUUGUUUUGUUGGUGUGUGUCCAUCUAAAAUGACACUGUCUGUGAAACGUAAAACCCAAAUUAAAAAAAAACUGGAGUAGCUAAACAAUAAUUUUAUUUAAUGUUGGUAAAAUCCUCUAGAUUUGUGUAAAUAAAUAAUCACUAUACUAGUCCAGGAAAGAUAUGAAAAAAACAUGGACAAAUUGCAAUAAAAGGUUUUUUUACAUCAAAAUUCGCAGAAAAAUUCAUAGACUAACACAUCCAAAAUCCAGCGAAAUCCACUUUCUUUUGGUAACUUAUUUUUCGGGUUUUGUCCCGGAAAAACACGAAAAAAAAUAAUAACUCAAAAACUGUGCAUCUGACGACAAAACCUGUAGAGCCAAAAUUAAAGAACAUUAACUUUUCCAUUACAUAUCCAAAGUUCAAGAAAUCAGCUUAUAACUUCUGCUUCGUUUUCCGGGAUUAGUCCUGGAAAAAAUAUUAAAAAUAAAAUAAUUCAAAAACUGUGCACUUUACAGCAUAAUGGUUUAGAAAAAAAAAAGUAAACAAUGUUUUUCAUAAUAUAUUAGAAUUUCACACAGAUCAACAUUUAAUUUUUUUUUUCCCAGGAAAUGUCCCGGAAAAAAGUUAUCAAAGAAAAAAAAACGGAAACCGUGCAUCGUACUUCAAAAUAAAUCGUGAACUAAAUUAAGGGCAAAAAAUUGCAUUAUAUAAUUGACCUUUAUCAACAUUUGCUUAAAAUUUAUGUACUAUUGUCCUGGUAUAUGUAGUUACUAUUUAUACAAUUGAAUUACCAUUUCCUUGUACUGAGUGAUUUUAUGUAUCCAUGUGUUAUAACUCUGCAAACGAUAAAAUACAUAAAAUUAAAUUAAAUAUGUCAUUGACAGAGGAUAUUUACUUCAUCAGUUACCUUGGCCCCAUACUGCAACAUACAACGAGAUCGCUCAGCUGUACGUGAGUUUCAUCUUGAAAAAUUAUGGAUUAGCAACUACUGUAGUUGAUGGAUAUGGGAAAACUCACAGUACUAAAGACACAGCACAUAUGAGAAGAACAAGAGGUAAUGCAUCACCUGUAGUUGAAUUCGCAGGAGAAAUGCAACUAUCACUCCGUAAAGAUAUGUUUCUUUUGAACGAGCGAAAUAACGGACAAUUUUUAAGGUUAUUAGCAAUACAUUUACGCGAAGCAGAAUGUCCUGUUGUCGAAGCACCAGGUGAUGCAGAUAUUUACAUUGUCCAAGAAGCUCUAAAAUGUGCAAAAGAACAGUUGACAACAGUUAUAGGAAUAGACACAGAUUUACUUGUCCUUUUACUCUACUACUUUGGCCCACAACCACAUAACUGUUUGUGUUUAAAAAGUGAACAAAGGCAGAAGAAAACAUAUCACAUU